AUGUCUGUCGGUUCUCUGGUCGCUCUCCCCGUCGUUCCCUACAUCGCCGAUGGUCUGGGUCGUCGCGCUGGUAUCCUCACUGGUUGUAUCCUCAUGAUCAUCGGAGUUGUCAUCCAAUCUGCUGCCAUGAAAUUUGGCAUGUUCGUCGGCGCUCGUUUCCUCAUUGGAUUUGGUGUUGCUAUCGCCCACGGUGCAUCGCCUCUGCUUCUUACUGAGCUCACCCACCCUCAACACCGUGCUCUCUUCACCACCAUCUACAACACUACUUGGUACCUUGGUUCCAUUGUGGCUGCUUGGCUCACCUUCGGAACUUUCCACAUUCCUAACCACUGGGCCUGGAGAAUCCCCUCGAUCGUGCAAGCGUUCCCCUCAGUACUGCAGCUCACCUUUAUCUGGUUCGUUCCCGAGUCUCCCAGAUUCCUUAUUUCCAAGGGCAAGGUUGAGGAAGCACACAAGGUCUUGGCCGAUGUCCACGCCAACGGAAACCUCAACGACGAGUGGUCUGGCAACGGACUCGUCUCUUACUACCUUACCCUCGUCCUCGACCAGAUCGGUAUCACCGACACCAACACUCAGCUCAUUAUCAACGGUGUUUUGCAAAUCGUCAACUUCAUUGUUGCUGUCGGACAAUGCUUCUUCGUCGACAAGACCAUUUGCUCCGCCCGCUUCAAGAUCGCUGGAGGCGAGGCUUCUGCAAACUCUGUCGUUGCCUUCAUCUUCAUCUACUACGUCUUCUACAACAUCGCCUUCUCGGGUCUCCUGGUCGGUUACUCUGUUGAGAUUCUCCCAUACAACAUUCGCGCUAAGGGCAUGACUCUCAUGUUCCUGUGCGUUGAUCUUGCUCUCUUCUUCAACCAAUACGUCAACCCCGUCGCCCUCAAGCACAUCCAGUGGAAGUACUACAUUGUCUACUGUGUCUGGCUUGGAUUCGAGCUCUUCAUCGAGAUUGCCAAGUACUUUGAUGGCGAGGACGCUGUCGUCGGUGGUGCCGCCGCUACCGAGAAGGGCAAGGUUCUUGCAGCCGAGAUGGGUGGUCUUGGUGAAAAGGAUGGCAUGACUAUCGAACACAGAGAGCUGUAG